AUGGGUCACCACUCCAGUACUCGAAGUCGAAGAAGGGAUCGUUCACGCAGCCACGAGCGAUCAAGACGUCGUCGUUCCCGCUCAAGUUCGCGUUCUUCCUCAGAACCACGCGCUCCUGGAAAUACUUUAAAGGAAACGCUGAAUGAGCUUAUUCGCCAGACGAUGAAAGAUCCCACUGUGACUGGAAUCAAUCCUGGAGAUAAGACCGGAGCUACCGGUUUAGGAGCUGCCAUGAUGACAAUCGCAGACUCUAUGAGCGCAAUGUCUACGGGUGUCACAUCACUGGCCAUUACGGGUGUUCCCGCCACGAUCACUCCCGAUGAAAUUUGCAACUCGAUCAACAUUCUAAUGAAAAGCUUAAAACUCACAACAGGCCCGGGCAACCCGUGUUCUGGCGUGGGCAUGGAAGCCAACGGCCAGACAGCCAUCGCCGAAAUGCGCUCUCCCUUAGAAGCAACGAACGGCUUGGCCCUAGACGGUCUCACCGUGUUUAACCACGUAAUGCAUGUGAAUCGCCCCGACAAUUACACGGGUCCGGACACGCCUCCUCCGAAGCUGGACCCGAACUUGUUGCUGCAGAUCUGCACGGGCAGCUACGCGGAGAAGGAGUACGAAGAGAUCGUACGGGUGGGCCGGAAGCUGCUGGAGACGUACAAGGAACCGGACCCCGAGAACGACGCGGACAAACCGACGAUUUCCUCGCUGAAGGAUGGAGAGAAGACCGGGUACGAUAUCGAGAAGUGCGUGCUGAUGCAUAACAUCCCGCGGGAAUUGGAGGAGGCGGAGAUUCACACGUUCUGCGAGCCGUUCGGCGGGCUGAAGAAGAUCUACAUGCUGAAAGAUAAGAAUUGCCGGUUUCUGGGCGAUGCCGUGGCGGAGUAUCGAGACACGCUGAACUACGAGAUUGCGAUGGAGGGGCUGCAGGACUUGCCGAUCUUUAACGAUAUUGUUAUAAAAGUGGAAAAACCUGAUCCCAAAUGGCCCGGAUUCCCGCAGCGCGUCAAUACGAUUUCCAAUCCUUCGCCUGUGCUGCGGAUGAGUAAUAUUAUUUCGCUGGAAGAUUUGGAGGAAGACGAGGAUUACGAGGCAUUACUGGAGGAUUUGAGAGAAGGCUGCGAGAAGCUGGGAACGGUGCUGAAUAUGCACGUGCCGAGGAUUCAUAGCGGAGAGAAGGAGAUUCCGGGACUUGGGUUCGCGUUCGUGCAGUACUCGUCGGUUAUUGAAGCUGCACAGGCUGCGAAGCAGUUGAGACUGCUGACGUUCAAUGGAAAGCAGGUACAGGUUGACUAUUAUCCAUUGUCGCUAUUCUCGCGUGGAGUAGGAGGAAUGAUGCAGGAGGUGAGGAAUAGGAUUAUGGUGAGGUUGGCGAGCUGA